CAUUGUGACUUAAAUUCGACUGUGAGGAUAUACUGUUUGGAUAAUGUAAAAUAAUCAAAAAUUGGAUACAAUUAUUAUGUCAUCACCGCAAUCUGGGAAUGAGGUAGAGACUCUAGGACCCAGCUUAGAAAAAAUAUUGGUAGAUGGAAGUAUUCCACGCCUAGAAAUGGACGCAGAUAUAAAAUGCUUAGAAACAGACUUCCGCUUGUCCAGCUUGGAUGAAACGUACGGCGAUCUCGGCAAGAAACCACUUGUUAAGCGAGAUGCCAACAAAUCGCCUCUGUUGUCUUCUAUCAACAAACCAUCGUCUAGUAUCCCUUUGCCGGUGAAAUCGCCCAAAUCAGCAACACCGACUAAAGUGCCCAGCCACAUUCUGAGCCGAAACUUUAGUAAACAUUCCAGACCUGGAUCGGCGUCACUCACCAGGCCAAAUCAGGUGACCAACAAGCACACCCUUGAGAUACAGUUUAUCAACAAGAAGAAAAGAUUAAGUCAACUCAAAAAGGACCUAGUGGAAAAACAGAAGCCGGUGCUCGAUCUGUAUCAGAACCUACUUCAAAUCAAAAAACGUCUAGAAGAACUGGGAAAAGUGGUACAACUGGAGGAGGUGAAGCUACUGCCAUACAAUGAAAAUGAGGGAAAAAUCCAGGAGAUAACAACAGGAGGUGAUGGGGAAACAAUAUCUCCAGAGGUAGUGAUGAGCAUGCAGACGUCCAUCGAAGAGAUCCCUAAAACCCUGAUGGACAUUUGUAAGAACCUAUUAGGACGACGUGCCGUAAUCGUGGACCUGCUGGAUAGUGUCACCAAGUCAGAAGUGGAUGUCGGCGACAUAAUCGAUAAGAUCGAAACUUUGAAGACCGAAGGUGCUCAGUUACAGAACAACUUAGACGCCAUUAUUAAUGAGCACGAGAAGAAGAUUAAGGAGCUCGUCGUCAAUUGGCAGACGCUGCUUAAUGACAAGAAAUGCAUGAACACCAACGUUAAAAUAGGCGAUUUGGAAGAGAAACUGAAGGCUCAGGAAAAACUUACCCAGGAAUCGAACCAGAUGGUACUGGAACUGCAGAGAAAGCUCGACGAGAAGAGAGCCAGUCAAGAGAAAGUCCAGGCAGAUCUCAAUUCUAAUAUUCAUGCUCUGAAAAAUCAUAUACUAAAAUUGGAACAGGAACUAGAAACUGAGAAAAAAGCCGUAGCAGACUUCAAAAACAGAAACAACACAAAUGCACAAAAUUCCAAAAUGUUGCGAAGUAAAAUCGCUGAUUUAGACGGCCAAAAUAAAAAUUUAGAAGUUGCCAAUGCUGAACUUUCGAAAAAGAUAAAAUUAACUCAAGAUCAAAUGAAACACAAGGAAGCACAGUGGGCCAAGGAAAAGGAGGAACUGUCUAAAAAUUUGAAGCACCAGGAACACCUGCUGCAAAAGUUAACUGCCGACAAAAAUAAAUUUGAAACCAGGUUGGAAGAAGUAGAAGGUGAAAAAUCUUCAGUGGAAGAACAGUUACAUGAAAAUAUAGGAAUUUUAAAAUCCGAAUUGAAUGAAGUAAAAGAAGAUAUGGGAAAGCUCACAAGAGAAAAAGACGAGGCGACACAAAGGUGUAAAGAAAUGGAGGAAUAUAUUGCCAAGAUGGGCUUAGAAUUCAGGGAAACCAUGCACAUGGUCAGUAAUAGCAUCGAAUGGGGAAAAGGUAUCCCUGGUACAAUUACGGAAGCUCAGAAAUAUUCUCAAAGUCUUGUUAAAGAUAUCGUGAUACGUGAAUGUCAGGAUAAGAUAAAGCAGUUAGAAAAAGAGAAUAAUUUCCACAAAGAAGCUAUCGCUAUGGUGGAAAGUAGCAAAACAGCGGCUCCCACCGAAACAGAAAAGACGGUCCUCAUGCAGCACGAUAUGGUAGCAAAAUAUAAGCAGCUAUUGGCGGAAAGUGAACAAAAAUUAACUGAGAAGUCACACGAGGUUUCCAAGUUGACGUCAGAAAUAAGACAGCUGAAAGUACGCCAGGAACACCUUGAAGAACUAAAUCUGAAAUGUCCGACUGAAAAUCUUCAAAAGAUGGUGGAGGAGGGCAGACAAAAACUCAACGAGCUGAUGAAAAAGUCCAUGGAAAGUGAGCAGAAGAUUCUUCACUAUGAGAACGUCAUAGAAAAACAGAGUAAGCAGAUGAAUGAAAUGGAAAACCUUCUGAGGUACAGGGAGAAUAUGGCGGGAGUUUUGAAAGCGUCCAGAGAUGAGUUGAUUUUGGAAAAGGAGAGCCUAACAAGAUAUUCUCAUGAAAUGAGAACCGUUUUAGCAGAGGUAAGCAAGGAGGGUAAGAUGAAAGACAGGCUUAUAAAGGAGCUGCAGGAAAAGAUAGAUCUUAGGGAAAGGCAGAUAUCGAAGCUGGAGAAAGAAGUAAAAGAACUGGAAGCUAAUCUAGUGAUGACAAAUGAAAAACGGUUCAAGUUACAGGAAACCAUUGGAAGUAUGGAAAAAGAACUACAAUCCACCAAAGCUCAUGUUAAUCAGCUAGCAGAUAUAAACACACGUACCAGACUUAAAUUCGUCAAGCCCUUCUGAAGGAUCAUUGAAAAUUAAAAUUACUGUUGGGUGAGAUAUCGAAAAAUAUGAAUGUAAGAAGAAUUAUAAUA